GCCACCUGAUUCGUUCUACAAACUGCAAACUACCUCACCACUGACGCUCUCCAAUCAUCUAUUACAUCCAAUACUUGCUCUUUGGUAAUUCUCUAUAGCUAAAAUACGGCGCUAUCAAAAGAAUUUCAGGCGAAGCAGUGUUCAAACUAGUCAGCUUCGCCAAACAAUUGCUACCAACCUCAAGAUGGCUGUUCAAGCAGUAGCAAAUGAUGGUUUUAUCGAUAUCACCAUUACGACGUUUUCGUCACCGGAACCUGAUAGUCGAGGACGAAAACGACGGCGCAGUCCGCCAGAAACAUUAGCAAUUACAACAAACCGACUGCCAUCGACAGAUUCUACAACUUUCCGAGGGCGAUGCAGACAUAGGUCAUCUUCAAGGCUUGAUGUGUCACGAAACACAUCAAGACUUAGAAGUGGCUCGUUAUCACCCAUUCGCAGGAAAUUGAUCCGUGCUAUCCAACUAAAUCGCCACAGAAGUCAGUCACCAUCCAGGUCUCGUUCAUUGAACGGCCAAGACUCUUCGAAGCGAAGGCGGCAAAGGACGAAAAGCCGAAGCCGCGACCACGAAGGCGAAUCAAAGAAGACUGGUGAACCUAUUGUGACUUCGUUUCUUCGUCAUGAGAUCGUGGUCCGCAACGAUGGCCCAUCCCAGAAGGCGAAGCAGGACGGAUAACUUGACCGAAGCUCGAAAGCUGGGUCUUCAAGUAUACAAACCCAAUAGCGGUUUCCAGCCGAGCGAGACGUAGUACGAAAAUGAUGAUAUGAUGUCGUACUGGAAUACAGUCGUCAAGACUUGUACAACAAACGCAUCACCAGCUGACUCGCAGAGCCGAGUUAAGGAUGAUGAUAUCGAAUAUUACGCUAUCACGAAGAUGAUGGAAUUAGUUACGGGCAGAUGAAAGCCCAUGUUAUUUAUCACGGGAAAAAUAGUAUGUUGGAAUAAUGCUUUAUAAGUAAAAAGGGAUGGGAAAGAAAAUGCAAAAUUCGGUAAAAUAAUAAAGAAAUAAGGACGAAAACUCAAGCUGGGAACGGGAUAGUAUUGUAUUUUUAAGUUACUAUGUAAGGGUAUUAGCAAUCGUCAACUUAUCAACUUCAGCAAUAUAGUUGAUUAAAGCAUCGGAACUUUGUAAGUUGUUGCGAUGGCCAGGGCGUCUACCCGGUACCUAAUAUAGAG